AUGAAUGAUCUAAGCCUGGUUUUAUACCUAGAAGAUUUGAAUGACCUAAACCUGGUUUUAUACCUGGAAGGUUUGAAUGGCCUAAACCUGGUUUUAUACCUAGAAGAUUUGAAUGACCUAAACCUGGUUUUAUACCUGGAAGGUUUGAAUGGCCUAAACCUGGUUUUAUACCUAGAAGAUUUGAAUGACCUAAACCUGGUUUUAUACCUGGAAGGUUUGAAUGGCCUAAUCCUGGUUUUAUACCUAGAAGAUUUGAAUGACCUAAACCUGGUUUUAUACUUGGCAAAUUUGAAUGACCUAAACCUGGUUUUAUACCUAGAAGAUUUGAAUGACCUAAACCUGGUUUUAUACCUGGAAGGUUUGAAUGACCUAAUCCUGGUUUUAUUCGUGGGAGGUUUGAAUGACCUAAACCUGGUUUUAUACCUGGAAGGUUUGAAUGGCCUAAUCCUGGUUUUAUACCUAGAAGAUUUGAAUGACCUAAACCUGGUUUUAUACUUGGCAAAUUUGAAUGACCUAAACCUGGUUUUAUACCUAGAAGAUUUGAAUGACCUAAACCUGGUUUUAUACCUGGAAGGUUUGAAUGACCUAAUCCUGGUUUUAUUCGUGGGAGGUUUGAAUGACCUAAACCUGGUUUUAUACUUGUGA